GAGGUAAUGAAAGAACGCGCCAAAUCUGAUGGUUCUCUAAAAGUUAUUUCAGCAUGUUAAUGUAGUUGUACAAAGUAAGCAGAACUAUGCCAUUGUUAAAUAUAAGUGGGGUACAGGUCAGCUUUCCAUUUGAACCUUACCCUUGCCAAGUUACCUAUAUGGAAAAAGUAAUGGAAUCCUUGCAAAAGAAUGUUAAUGGUAUCCUGGAAAGUCCAACAGGAACUGGGAAAACAUUGUGUUUACUUUGUUCUACACUUGCAUGGCUGGAGUCCAGAAAGGCCCAGACAGAGCUGAAUCGACAGGUCUCUAUUGCUUCUAUUAUGGGAGAACAGAAUAUACAACAAGAUGUAGAAAAACUUAGUAAAAGUUUACAAUCUUCAACAGGAUUGACAUGGGGAGGAAGUGAAUUUGCUGUGCCAAAAAUAAUAUAUGCAUCCAGAACUCAUUCACAGCUGAAUCAAGCUGUACAAGAGUUAAAAAGAACAGCAUACAACAGUGUUAAAGUGAGUGUAAUAGGAUCUAGAGAGCAGCUUUGUAUCCAGGAGCAAGUUAGAAAGGAACCUAAUAAUUCCAAUAAAGUUCACAUGUGUAGAGCAAAAGUCAGUGCUAGGACAUGUCACAUGUAUAACAGAUUGGAAGAUAUAAAGAAAAACAGUGAUGCACGUUCAUUGAUAGGAAACGUUAUUGACAUAGAGGAUAUGGUUACUUAUGGUGAAAAACAGAGAGUAUGUCCAUACUACUUGGCUAGAGAGUUAAAGAAUGAUGCAGAUAUUAUAUUUAUGCCAUACAAUUAUUUACUGGAUCCAAAAUCAAGGAAAGCUCACGGUGUUGAACUUCAAGGCAAUAUUGUCAUCUUUGAUGAAGCUCAUAAUUUGGAAAAGAUUUGUGAGGAUAGUUCUUCCUUUGAUUUAACCUCCACUGAUUUAGCAACAGCCAUUGAAGAACUUGCAAAGCUCUCAGAAAAAAUAUAUGAAUUGACAAAACAUGAAGAUCAAAGUUUGGUAGAAAUGACAGAUUCCUCAACUAUGCCUGAACCAGAAUUUACUCUAGAAGAUCUUCUGCGGUUAAAAGCCACAUUGAAAGAUUUAGAAAAUAAAAUAGAUGAAAUUCCAGUUCCCAGUAAUGGUAAAGGAGUCACGAAACCUGGCAUGUUUAUUUUUGAACUUUUGAGAAGUGUGUCUAUUGGCUUUGAUACUAAGAACUUUUUAAUUGAAUUGCUGGACAAGAUAAUAAAUUAUGUUUCUCAAGAUGCACUGACUGGAUUCAGUACAAAGGGAGCUGGUCUUACAAAAGUCUGUGAUAUACUCAAGAUAAUAUUUUGUCGAGAUUUAUCAGAUGGAGGGAGCAUGCAGUUACAUAUGGCUGAAUUAGCUAAAUCAUAUAAGGUCCACAUUCAGAAGACUGAGCCUAAUAAAAAAUUUGGAAAGAUAACAAGUUGGGCUAGUAAUAGCAGUACAUCUGAUAAAACAGGGAAAACUUUAAGCUAUUGGUGUUUUAGUCCUGGACACAGCAUGGUAGACUUGAUGGCGCAUGGCAUUAAAUGUAUUAUAUUAACCAGUGGAACUUUGUCUCCACUGUCAUCUUUUACUCUUGAGAUGCAAAUACCAUUUCCAGUGACAUUAGAAAACCCACAUGUGAUAGAAAAACACCAGGUUUGGAUAGGAACUGUGAAUAAAGGACCAGAUGGUGUAACUCUUAAUUCCAACUUUGAAACAAGGUACACACCAAGUUACCAAUCAUCAUUGGGAAAUUCAAUAGUGAAUUUUGCUAGAAUAGUUCCAAAUGGAUUACUUAUAUUUUUUCCUUCUUACCCAGUAAUGGAUAAAUGUAUAGAAUAUUGGAAGGAGAACAACAUAUACAACAGAAUAGCUCAAUAUAAGCCUAUAUUUGUAGAACCUAGAGGGAAAAUGGACUUCCAAGAUGCUAUGUUUGAAUUUUAUGAUAAAAUAAAUGACCCAUCAUUAAAUGGAGCCAUAUUUGUUGCAGUAUGCAGAGGAAAGGUUAGUGAAGGAUUAGACUUUGCUGAUGAAAAUGGUAGAGCUGUUGUGAUAACUGGUCUCCCAUAUCCACCAUAUAUGGAUCCAAGAGUAGUUCUUAAAAUGCAGUAUUUAGAUGAAGUUAAAAGAAGACCUAAUAUAAAGCAUUUAACAGGUAAAGAAUGGUACAGACAGCAAGCCUCAAGAGCAGUAAAUCAGGCUAUUGGAAGAGUUAUCCGACACAGACAAGAUUUUGGUGCCAUUUUACUCUGUGAUACAAGGUUUUCAUCACCUGAUUCAAUAAGUCAGUUGCCAAUCUGGGUGAGGCCAAAUGUUCAAAAGUGUCAAAACUUUGGACAAGCACUAAAGGAAAUAACAGUGUUCUUUAAAACUGCUGAACAGAAGAUGCCUGCAUCAAAGCCUAAGAAAAAGAUUGGUAUAAAAAAUUCACCUGGAGCAUAUUUCCUUCCAACUAUGUCAAGAUCAGCUGGUCCUACAAAUCUUGUCAAAGCUGGAAAAGUAUCUGACCAUGUUGCAAGUCUGAAACAAUCCAAAGAUAGCAGUAAUAACUAUGCUAAGUUAAGUAUUCAGUAUGAAGGAGGUAGCAAAACUUCAUCUUCAACUCAGGAAAUUAAAAGAGGAUUACUUGGAGCAUUAACAGACAGUGAGUGUAAAUCACCAGAUAAUGAUAGUCAGGGUUCACCAUUUAGACUUCCACCAGAUAAAAUGGUCUACAAAAAGCAGGCUAGGAAGAAGAUUACAAUUAAGAAAAGAGGGGAAACAGAUAGUAAGAGUUCUGCUGCUGACAUUCUAGAUGACAUACCAUCAACAGUAAAAUCUAAUCAUUUACAAACAGCUGAGUCUUAUAUAGCUGAGGUAAAAAGAGUGUUAUAUGGUGAAAGAUACAAGAUGUUUUCAAAGGCAUUAGUAGAUUAUAAGAAGAUUGGAGAUUUUCAACAGUUGACUCCAGUUUUAGUUGGGGUUUUUACAGAAGACAGUCAGCUUUAUCCUUUCUUUAGAGAAUUUUAUCGUUUUGUGAGACCUAAAGAUAAAUGUGAAUAUGACAAGCUGUGUAAAAGUAUAACAGGAACUGGGUGUGGUUACCGACCAGAAGAUUCCAUUCUCAGAAAGAGGCUACAUACAGAUAACUCAUGUAAUGCAGAUAAACGACAGAAAACUAUCCAUACAAAUUUAAGCAGUUUACCUGAAGCUUCUAAUACAGCAAAACAAAUAGCAGUAAACUUACCUAAGGAAGUUAAUGUAUCAAAUAACACUAUUCAAAGUGAGAACUGUCCUUUGACUAAAAACAAUGUAGAAAAUGUGCCAUCCUCAUCAGUAAAACAAUCAGACUAUCUAAAUCAAAGUUCAGAGGAUUUAUUUGAAGAAACAGAACCAUGUUCACCAUCUCGGAAGCAUGAUAGCAAUGUUAUUGUAAAGGCUGAUGACAUAACUUGUCCAAGUAAAUAUCCAUCAGGAUAUAAUUGUGAAUGCUGCCAAAAAAAUGCAGAAAGACCAUUUGAAGCAGGAUGUGGACAUAUCUGUUGUUUUCCUUGUUGGAGAACAGCUUUUGAUACUAGCAAAGUUUGUCCAGUUUGCAAACAGCCAGUUAGAAGAAGACACCUCACUGCAAAAUAUUUUGCUGGACCUGAACUAGAAUGAUUGACUAUUGGUGCAUGAAUUAUUUACCUCAUAAUUAAAAUAUACAAAAAAUUA